AUGUCGACCCGGCAUGCGCGUCUUCACAAACGAGGAUACUCCGCCUCAGCUGCUACGAGCCCGCGCCCUCUGAGCCCCGUUGCUGACUACGACGCCUUUACCUUUAAUCGUUCGGAAACACCCAAGGUCUUCGAAGAGUCUUGGAUAGAGACACAACGCCCCAUGCCGUCCACGACUUCCUCCCACCAGCUCAAGAUCAAGCCCUACCUGCGCAAGCUCUCGUCCAAGGAGAGCAGUGGGCUCGAUCUAUCACGACCUGCGGCCGAGAACGACCUCUCCGGUCUGGGCAUUUCAGAAUAUGGCGCCUACUCACGGUCCAUAUCCGACGUUACUUUUUCCCCAGUCAACGGCCGCCACAGACACAACCGCUCAACGUCCAACACGUCGCAGUUUUCCUCUUCCUCUGGGCUGCAGCGGCCGACACCCCUGCCGGCCAUUCGCCAGACUCCGCAGCCCUACACACCGCCAAUAGCCAACUCGUCACCGCCCUCAGUCCUGGGAAGCGACCACGAGGGUGAUGAUAUCAUGUCCGACGAUGAGUUCCGCCUGAGACAAAACGCGUACGAACCAGGACGCAGAUCCGGUUCCAUCUCCUCGGCACAGGGAACAUCCCUACGCAUCCACACCAACAAUUCAUCCACCCGCCUUGCUGGCAGCUACUCCCAGUCAUCCGUCUCGCUCACUUCCCCAGUCGGAGUACCUCGCGCGCGGGGUGAUACGCUCAAAUCCAUUGACACGACUUCACCCAGCUCGCGCACCUCGUUUGACCAGACAUACCGCUUCAUCCGCGGCGGACGCGACUCCCCCGUUGACCCUGCCUCGAGAGCUGCGUCCAUCCGUGCUGCUCGACAGAAGUUCGAAGAGGAACAGCGAGCCAAAGAGCGAAAGUACGAGAAAGAGGCGCACAAGCAACAGGAGCGCGACUUCAAGAAACAACAGAAGAAAGAAGAUCACCACCGUCGCAAGUCAGAAACGCUCGAUCGGACCGAGAUAAACCGUACGCGCACUGUAUCUACUGAUUACGAGAAGACGCCACGGCCCUCGGUGGGAGGCCGCCCUUCAGUGGGUGGGCGCCAGUACUCAGACCAUCGCGAGGCUCACUCCAACUCGCUGCCGAAGCUUGUGACUACGGUCGACCCCGAGAAAGCAGCCGCCUUCUCCGCCACACCCAAGGUUACAAAGAGCCGAGCCGCAAAGGGCACAUGGCAACGAUUCGUCAUCUGGCUCAAGACUCGACUGCUGCGCAUGUCGGGGAAGUAG